UUUAUUUUUUUAUACAGCAGGUUCUUAUUAGUCAUCAGUUUUAUACACAUCAGUGUAUACAUGUCAAUCCCAAUCGGCCAAUUCAUCACACCACCACCACCACCCCCCCGCCGCUUUCCGCCCUUGGUGUCCAUACAUUUAUUCUCUACAUCUGUGUCUCAAUUUCUGCCCUGCAAACCAGUUCAUCUGUACCAUUUUUCUAGGUUCCACAUAUAUGCGUUAAUAUACGAUACUUGUUUUUCUCUGUCUGACUUACUUCACUCUGUAUGACAGCCUCUAGAUCAAUUCAUGUCUCAAAAAAUGAUCUAAUUUUGUUCCUUUUUAUGGCUGAGUAAUAUUCCAUUGUAUAUAUGUACCACAUCUUCUUUAUCCAUUCGUCUCUCGAUGGUCAUUUAGGUUGCUUUCAUGACCUGGCUAUUGUAAAUAGUGCUGCAAUGAACAUUGGACUGCGUGUGUCUUUUUGAAUUAUGGUUUUCUCUGGGUAUAUGCCCAGUAGUGGGAUCGCUGGAUCAUAUGGUAAUUCUAUUUUUAGUUUUUUAAGGAACCUCCAUACUGUUCUCCAUAGUGGCUGUAUCAAUUUACAUUCCCACCAACAGUGCAAGAGGGUUCCCUUUUCUCCACACCCUCUCCAGCAUUUGUUGUUUGUAGAUUUUCUGAUGAUGCCCAUUCUAACUGCUGUGAGGUGAUAACCUCAUUGUAGUUUUGAUUUGCAUUUCUCUAAUAAUUAGUGAUGUUGAGCAGAUUUUCAUGUGCUUCUUGGCCAUCUGUAUGUCUUCUUUGGAAAAUUGUCUAUUUAGGUCUUCUGCCCAUUUUUGGAUUGGGUUGUUUGUUUCUUUAAUAUUGAGCUGCAUGAGCUGUUUAUAUAUUUUGGAGAUUAAUCCUGUGUCCGUUGAUUCAUUAGCAAAUAUUUUCUCCCAUUCUGAGGGUUGUCUUUUCGUCUUGUUUAUGGUCUCCUUUGCUGUGCAAAAGCUUUGAAGUUUCAUUAGGUCCCAUUUGUUUAUUUUUGUUUUUAUUUCCAUUACUCUAGGAUGUGGAUCAAAUAAGAUCUUGCUGUGAUUUAUGUCAAAGAGUGUUCUUCCUACGUUUUCCUCUAAGAGUGUUAUAGUGUCCGGUCUUAACAUUUAGGUCUCUAAUCCAUUUUGAGUUUAUUUUUGCGUAUGGUGUUAGGGAGUGUUCUAAUUUCAUUCUUUUACAUGUAGCUGUCUAGUUUUCCCAGCACCACUUACUGAAGAGACUGUCUUUUCUCCAUUGUAUAUCCUUGCCUCCUUUGUCACAGAUUAGUUGACCAUACGUGUGUGGGGUUAUCUCUGGGCUUUCUAUCUUGUUCCAUUGAGCUAUGUUUCUGUUUUUGUGCCAGUACCAUAUUGUCUUGAUUAGUGUAGCUUUGUAGUAUAGUCUGAAGUCAGGGAGUCUGAUUCCUCCAGCUCCGUUUUUUUUCCUCAAGAGUGCUUUGGCUAUUCGGGGUCUUUUGUGUCUCCAUACAAAUUUUAAGAUUUUUUGUUCGAGUUCCAUAAAAAAUGCCAUUGGUAAUUUGAUAGGGAUUGCAUUGAAUCUGUAGAUUUCUUUGGGUGGUAUAGUCAUUUUCACAAUAUUGAUUCUUCCAAUUCAAGAACAUGGUAUAUCUCUCCAUCUGUUGGUAUCAUCUUUAAUUUCUUUCAUCAGUGUCUCGUAGUUUUCUGCAUACAGCUCUUUUGUCUCCCUAGGUAGGUUUAUUCCUAGGUAUUUUAUUCUUUUUGUUGCAAUGGUAAAUGGGAGUGUUUCCUUAAUUUCUCUUUCAGAUUUUUCAUCAUUAGUGUAUAUAGGAAUGCAAGAGAUUUCUGUGCAUUAAUUUUGUAAACUGCAACUUUACCAAAUUCAUUGAUUAGCUCUAGUAGUUUUCUGGUGGCAUCUUUAGGAUUCUCUAUGCAUAGUAUCAUGUUCUCUGCAAACAGUGCCAGUUUUACUUCUUCUUUUCCAGUUUGUAUUCCUUUUAUUUCUUUUUCUUCUCUGAUUGCCGUGGCUAGGACUUCCAAAACUAUGUUGAAUAAUAGUGGUGACAGUGGACAUCCUUGUCUCCUUCCUGAUCUUAGAGGAAAUGCUUUCAGUUUUUCACCUUUGAUAAUGAUGUUUGCUGUGGGUUUGUCAUAUAUGGCCUUUAUUAUGUUGAGGUAGGUUCCCUCUAUGCCCACUUUCUGGAGAGUUUUUUUCAUAAGUGGGUGUUGAAUUUUGUCAAAAGCUUUUUCUGCAUCUGUUGAGAUGAUCAUAUGGUUUUUAUUCUUCAGUUUGUUAAUAUGGUGUAUCACAUUGAUUGAUUUGCGUAUAUUGAAGAACCCUUGCAUUCCUGGGAUAAAUCCCACUUAAUCAUGGUGUAUGAUCGUUUUAAUGUGUUGUUGGAUUCUGUUUGCUAGUAUUUUGUUGAGGAUUUUUGCAUCUGUGUUCAUCAGUGAUAUUGGCCUGUAGUUUUCUUUUUUUGUGACAUCUUUGUCUGGUUUUGGUAUCAGGGUGAUGGUGGCCUCAUAGAAUGAGUUUGGGUGUGUUCCUUCCUCUGCAGUUUUCUGAAAGAGUUUGAGAAGGAUAGGUGUUAGCUCUUCUCUAAAUGUUUGCUAGAAUUCACCUGUGAAGCCAUCUGGUCCUGGACUUUUGUUCGUUGAAAGAUUUUUAAUCACAGUUUCAAUUUCAUUACUUGUGAUUGGUCUGUUCAUAUUUUCUAUUUCUUCCUGGUUCAGUCUUGGAAGGUUAUACCUUUCUAAGAAUUUGUCCAUUUCUUCCAGAUGGUCCAUUUUAUUGGCAUAGAGUUGCUUAUAGUAGUCUCUUAGGGUGCUUUGUAUUUCUGUGGUGUCUGUUGUAACUUCUCCUUUUUCAUUUCUAAGUUUAUUGAUUUGAGUCCUCUCCCUGUUUUUCUUGAUGAGUCUGGCUAAUGGUUUAUCAAUUUUGUUUAUCUUCUCAAAGAACCAGCUUUUAGUUUUAUUGAUCUUUGCUCUUGUUUUCUUUGUUUCUAUUUCAUUUAUUUCUGCUCUGAUCUUUAUGAUUUCUUUCCUUCUGCUAACUUUGGGUUUUGUUUGUUCUUCUUUAGUUCCUUUAGGUGUAAGGUUAGAUUGUUUAUUUGAGAUUUUUCUUGUUUCUUGAGGUAGGCUUGUAUAGCUAUAAACUUCCCUCUUAGAACUGCUUUUGCUGCAUCCCAUAGGUUUUGGGUUGGCGUGGUUUCAUUGUCAUUUGUCUCUAGGCAUUUUUUGAUUUCCUCUUUGAUUUCUUCAGUGAUCUCUUGGUUAUUUAGUAACAUAUUGUUUAGCCUCCAUGUAUUUGUGUUUUUUACGUUUUUUCCCUGUAAUUCAUUUCUAAUCUCAUAGCGUUGUGGUCAGAAAAGAUGCUUGAUAUGAUUUCAAUUUUCUUAAAUUUACUGAGGCUUGAUUUGUGACCCAAGAUGUGAUCUAUCCUGGAGAAUGUUCCGUGUGCACUUGAGAAGAAAGUGUAAUCUGCUAUUUUUAUAUGGAAUAUCGUAUAAAUAUCAAUUACAUCUAACUGGUCUGUUGUGUCAUUUAAAGCUUCUGUUUCCUUAUUUAUUUUCAUUUUGGAUGAUCUGUCCAUUGGGGUAAGUGAGGUGUUAAAGUCCCCCAUUCUUAUUGUGUUAGUGUCAAUUUCCUCUUUUAUAGCUGUUAACAGUUGCCUUAUGUAUUGAGGUGCUCCUAUGUUGGGUGCAUAUAUAUUUACAAUUGUUUUAUCUUCUUCUUGGGUCAAUGCCAUGAUUAUUAUGUAGUGUCCUUCCUUGUCUCUUGUAACAUUCUUUAUUUUAAAGUCUAUUUUAUCUGAUAUGAGUAUUGCUACUCCAGCUUUCUUUUGAUUUCCAUUUCCAUGGAAUAUCUUUUUCCAUCCCCUCACUUUCAGUCUGUAUGUGUUCCUAGGUCUGAAGUGGAUCUCUUGUAGACUGCAUAUAGAUGGGUCUUGUUUUUGUAUCCAUUCAGCAAGCCUGUGUCUUUUGGUUGGGGCAUUUAAUCCAUUCACGUUUAAGGUAAUUAUCGAUAUGUAUCUUCCUAUGACCACUUUCUUAAUUGUUUUGGGUUUGUUUUUGUAGGUCCUUUUUCCUCUCUUGUGUUUCCCACUUAGAGAAGUUCCUUUAGCAUCUGUUGUAGAGCUGGUUUGGUGGUGCUGAAUUCUCUUGGCUUCUGCUUGUCUGUAAAGCUUUUGAUUUCUCCAUGGAAUCUGAAUGAGAUCCUUGCCAGGUAGCGUAAUCUUUCCUGUAGGUUCUUCCAUUUCAUCACUUUAAGUAUAUCAUGCCACUCCCUUCUGGCUUGUAGAGUUUCUGCUGAGAAGUCAGCUGUUAACCUUAUGGGAGUUCCCUUGUAUGUUAUUUGUCAUUUUUCUCUUGCUGCUUUCAGUAAGUUUUUCUUUGUCUUUAAUUUUUGCCAGUUUGAUUACUAUGUGUCUCGGCGUGUUUCUCCUUGGGUUUAUCCUGUAUGGGGCUUGCUGCACCUCCUGGACUUGGGUGGCUAUUUCCUUUCCCAUGUUAGGGAAGUUUUCGAAUAUAAUCUCUUCAAAUAUUUUCUCUGGUCCUUUCUCUCUCUCUUCUCCUUCUGGGACCCCUAUAACACGAGUGUUGUUGUAUUUAGUGUUGUCCCAGAGGUCUCUUAGGCUGUCUCCAUUUCUUUUCAUUCUUUUUUCUUUAUUCUGUUCCGCAGCAGUGAAUUCCACCAUUCUGUCUUCCAGGUCACUUAUCUGUUCUUCUGCCUCAGUUAUUCUGCUAUUGAUUCCUUCUAGUGUAGUUUUCCUUUCAGUUAUUGUAUUGUUCAUCUCUGCUUGUUUGUUCUUUAAUUCUUCUAGAUCUUUGUUAAACAUUUCUUGCAUCUUCUCGAUCUUUGCCUCCAUUCUUUUUCCGAGGUCCUGGAUCAUCUUCACUAUCGUUAUUCUGAAUUCUUUUUCUGGAAGGUUGCCUAUCUCCACUUCAUUUAGUUGUUUUUCUGGGGUUUUAUCUUGUUCCUUCAUCUGGUACAUAGCCCUCUGUCUUUUCAUCUUGUCUGUCUAUCUGUGAAUAUGUUUUUUGUUCCACAGGCUGCAGGCCUGUAGUUCUUGCCUCUGCUGUCUGACCUCUGGUGGAUGAGGCUAUCUAAGAGGCUUGUGCAAGUUUCCUGAUGGGAGGGACUGGUGGUGGGUAGAGCUGACUGUUGCUCUGGUGGGCAGAGCUCAGCAAAACUGUAAUGUGAUUGACUGCUGAUGGGUGGGGCUGGAUUCCCUCCCUGUUGGUUGUUUGGCCAGAGGCAACCCAACAUUGGAGCCUACCUGGGUUAUUUGGUGGGGCUAAUGGUGGACUCUGGGAGGGCUCACACCAAGGAGUACUACCCAGAACUUCCGCUGCCACUGUCCUUGUCCCCACGGUGAGCCACAGCCACCCCUGCCUCUGCAGGAGACCCUCCAACACUAGCAGGAGAAGAGAGCAUUGACCUUUCCUUCAUCAGGCCAAAGAUGCCUCUCUUUGGGAGUACAUUCAGUCCGAAGAAGACGCCCCCUCGGAAGUCUGCGUCUCUCUCCAACCUGCAUAAUGUGAGUGUCAGCAUGGGGCUCGACCUGGUGUGCAGCGUGACUGGAGCAUUGAGCCUGGUUUCUUAUGGAAAGUGUGGUCCUCCAGAGUUGGAUCGGUCGACCCGGGAGGUGGAGCUGGGCCUUGACUAUGGAACGCCCACCAUGAACCUGGCCGGGCAGAGCCUGAAGUUUGAAAACGGCCAGUGGAUAGCAGAGACAGGGGUUAGUGGAGGUGUGGACCGGAGGGAGGCCCAGCGCCUCCGGAGGCGGAACCAGCAGCUGGAGGAAGAGAACAAUCUCUUGCGGCUGAAGGUGGACAUCCUGCUGGACAUGCUCUCUGAGACCACUGCUGAAUCCCACUUAAUGGAGAAGGAGCUGGAUGAACUGAAGAGUGUCAGCCGGCGGAGAAAAUGAAGACCCCAAAGCCACCCGUCAGGCGCACACGGGGAAACCCUUCGUCAGAAGAGGAGGAUGUGGCUGAGGGAAUUUUUAACCAAAUAGUGGAUUAGGUCCUGGGAGAGAGUAUCAUAUAAUGGGGCCAAAAGGCACUGGCCCCCUUAGGUUGGCAGUAGGAAGGUGACGACGUAGUGGAUUCCAGGCCAGUCCUGUGCUUCACAGCACAGCGAGGCCUCCUCAGGGAGGUCUGGGGUGACGGAGGCCUUUGGUGUCCUCCAGUUACUUAACACACCAAUGCCCGUGGCCCAGGCUCACGCUUAGCGGACGGAGUUCGUCGUAUCAUCCCCUCACACUGUUGUGUGUGGUGUGGCAUCAGGUGUACAGAGCCUUGUUGUUAGGGGUCUCAGAUAAGGUCUCCUGGUUCUCUGCCCUUCAGGCCACUCUCUCCCUCCUUUAGAGAAUACUUGUUCCCCAAAUCCACAGCCUCCUCUGGCGUCAGCUUCUCAGCAGCAAGCACCACCCUCCCACGGCAACGCUAUAUUUUUGUGCUACUUUCCUGUCUACCCUACUUUUUUAAAUUAAAUGAUGUUCUAUAAUCUCUCUCUGGCCAAAGUGACUGAGAAGAGAAACAUCAGUUCUUGAAGAAGUAAGUAAUGGAGGCUGGGUUCUAAGCUUCCGAUGCUCCAUCCAAAGACAGGACUUUUAGGUUGUGGGGAAAGGUCACCGUUGCAGAAGAAGCGUUCCAGCCUCCUGGGCGUUGGCAGAGGCUGGUCUGGAACAGAGCAGUCUCUCUGCUCAGAUUCCCCUGCCUUCCUCUUUCGGGGUGUUGGAACUAGCCUGGACCAGGCAGGGACCGAGUGGUUGGGAUGGGGGCCUGGUUUCCUGGAGUGGGAAUCUGUGUCUUCGAGUGAGCUGGGCUUCUCUGGCUGGGCGAGGGAGCCAGCCAAACGCAGUAAGAGGGAGUCGAGCUUCCAAAGUCAAGGGGGAAGCCACUGAGGGUGGGGACACAGAGCCCCAGGCUUUAGCCCAGGGAUGGCUGCUAAGGUCAGGACACCUGUUUCCCACCUGGACGGGGCUCAGGAUGUUGCUUCACACUCUCAUUUCCUCCUCAGCUCAGCCCUGUGGAGCAAGGCCUCUCAGUCAGCGUGCCUAUUGGCAGAUAAGGAAGCAAAGCCCAGGAGGUUCAGAAACUGGUCUAGGAUCAGACAGCGGAAGUGUGGGAGCCUGCUGAUUCCCGGCCCACAUUGAAAGAGGGGAGCUGUGUGGGGGGCUGCCUCCAAUGGAGGCUGCUGUGUGUAGGCCACCCUCAGGGCCAGCUCCAUGGGGGAGGGAUAGAGAAGCAUGAUCUGUAGCCCCAGCCCAUAACCUUCCUUCCCGAUAAUAGGAGAGACUAAUUCAGAAGACAUUGGAAAAGGAUGUUAUAUGAGGGUGUAAAUCUUCAGGUGCAGAUAAUAGGCGCAAUUGAGUUUGCUUAUUCCUAGACCAGUAUCAUUAGCAACCAUUUACCCUGCACCCUGGAUACCAGACAUCUGUAGACAGUCCCCCUGACUUAUGACGGUUCAACUUAAAAUUUUUCAACUUUAUGGUGGUACAAAAGUGAUACGCAUUUAGUAUAAACUGUACUUCGAAUUUCGAUAGUUUUCCGGGCCAGCAAAAUGCAAUACGAUGCUCGUGAUGCGAGGCAGUGGCAGUGAGCUGCAGCUCCCCAUCAGCACGCAGUCACGAGGAUGAACAAUCAACACACUUAAAACCACUCUGUUUUUCAUUUUCAUUUCAGUACAGUAUCCAAAAAAUUACAUGAGAUAUUCGACACUUUUUGUAAAAUAGGCUUUGUGUUAGAUGAUUUUGCCUGCCUGUAGGCUAAUGUAAGUGUUCUGAGCACAUGUAAGUUGGCUAAGCUACGAUGUCUGGUAGCUUAGGGGUAUUACAUGCAUUUUCGACUUAUAUUUUCAACUUAUGAUGGGUUUAUUGGGACAUAAACCAAAGAAGGGCUAUAUUUCUAAUUCUCA